AUGCCGUCAUCUCGUUCGCUUUCCAACUCUUUGAUGGCCUUGUCUCAAUCAAUUAUCGAAGAAAAGGGACAAUUUUACAGCGAUAAAGUUCAAUGGUCAUACAGUUUUGACACCAGCUCUUCCAUUGAUAAUAACUGGAAGAAGAUUCCCUUAGAGAUCAAUUCCUCGGGCGAAUUAAAGGCCCAUGGUAACGUGGUGAUUGUAUCCCAUAUUCAACAGUGUUCCGUUAACAUUUUCCCGAAGAACUUGGUUCUUAAAGUAGGCAUAACAUCACAGAAAGUGCUCUAUUUCAAGCUGCCCGAUACCAAAGUCUACCUGGAACUGUUGUCCUGUUUUAUGACUUGGCAGAACUUAAGACCUGAAGGAAUCCUGGCCAAGUGGAACUUUGAUAAAUCCAUUGUUUAUGACUCCAAUUUACGAGCCAAUGACGUGCUCGUUUGUCAUUUCAGAGUGUAUGGUCCUUUACCCAAUAAUAAGAAGGUCAAACCUCUUACAGAUCUACCUGCUAUGCGCAUGUAUCCUUUGGACUCUAAAUCUAUCAGUGACCGACCUACUGAAGGUUGGUUUGUUGCGAUUGGCCAUCUUUUACCCACUGGUAUUCUCAACCUACUCUGUGAAAGUGAUGGUUCUUUGCUCUAUUCAAUCAACGUUACUUCACUAUUCAGCUCCGAGAUUCGUCAUGUGCAUCACUCCGUUUCUCAGGCAAGCAAUGUAUUAUUUCUUGGCGUUAUCAACGAGUUACGGACUCUUCGCUGCGUCACAGAUGAUUUCAAUUCCAACGGUUCGUUCAUUGUUACCAAUCCGAAUUCAACCAAGCGUCUUGCUCAUGUUUCUCGUAUUCUUAUCGAUUUCGAUCUUCGUAUAGACUUAGAAGAUUGGUUUGUGGCUCUCACCUCGGUAACCUCCCUUGAAUAUGUUGGUAGGACGCUAACAAAGAAACGUUUGCGCAUCAUGCGAGAUGCCAAGUUGGAGAUAAUGGAAGCCACUUUUGAGAAAGCUUCAGAACAGAAUAUCUACUGCGAGUUGAGGAUGUGGAAUGGUCCCUGGUUUAGAACGUCCGUAGUAAAGAGCUCCCCAACUUCUGGUUGUUUCUGGAAGGAGAGCACCGAUUUGAUUCUUCCUCCUGGUACCGAGUACUUUAAAAUUCUUAUUAGAGCAUCCAAAUCUCACGAGGAAUACGAUGUAGGCGGUGUAGAUACAGACAACACCAUUGGUGCUUGCUUUAUCACUCCGAAUUUCUUCGCUGAAAACCAAUUCCUUACCAAAGUGCCCAUCUUCAACGCAGAUAAUACGGUGUUGGGUCAAUUAACCAUCAAUUUGUCAAUAGACGAGACUCAUGUCCUGCCAUACAGCGCGUAUCGAGUAUUCGAGAAGAUGCUAAUGAAUAUGGACAUUGGAACACUCCUCGACUUUAUCUCUCCACUUACAGACUCUUCUAGCUUGGACUCCUGGUCAAUCAUGCUAUUGGAUGUGUUCCAGACGUUGCACAAGGAACAUCAAUUCUUCAGUAGUCUUAUGAAAAGAGAACUAGCUCCAAUCGAUUCUAUUACCAGGAACAACCGGAUCAGUAGUCGUCAUGGUACACCAGAUCCUUCGUCGGCCAUUAAAACAACGUUGACGUCGCCCACGUUCAACACGAUCUUCCGAGGGAAUUCAAUGCUUUCUAAGUCUCUCGAGAAGUAUGAUAUUAGGGUUGGACAAGAAUACUUGGAGAAGCUGCUUGGAUCGUUCAUUCAGCAGGUGGUUGAUGAAGAUGUUAACUGUGAGUGCGAUCCAAAGACAUUUCCAGAUACCUAUAGAGAGCACUACGCAAACUUACUCCGGUAUCUGGAGAUUCUCUGGCACCGAGUCUAUAUCACGUCAAAUGAUUUGCCUGAAGAAAUGAAGCUGGAAUGGAAAAAUCUACGUAGAAAUGUGGAGCUUAGCGUGGAGCCUAACGAUACUGAGACACCCCUCAACGCUUUGAGCGCAUUUAUAUUCCUUCGAUUUCUCUGUCCAGCCAUAUUGAACCCUCAAUUAUUCAACCUUAUGCGAGGACAUCAUUCAGGAAACAUCUCGAGAACUCUCACCUUAAUCGCCAAAGUUUUGAUGGUGUUUGCCAAUCGAUCAUAUUUCCAGCAACAUAAGGAUCCUUCUUUACUCCCAUUAAAUAAAGACUUUAUCGAUAGACACCAGAAGGAGAUUGUGGUAUAUUUUGAUCGAGUUACCGGUUGCAAGAUGGAUUUCAACGAGAAGAUUCUCGAACUGUCAAAUCUUAAGGAUCGACUUUCGUUAAAUGCAUCAAAAGAAGUUCUCAAUGAACUUCCUACGAUGCCGUACUUGAUUGAUAAGUAUCUGAAUCUAGCUAAAUUGGCUCAAAUCUUGUAUGAUAAGGGGCCCAAUGAUAAGUCGAAAGGAACCAAUGGUGAGCAACUCUUGGGAUUUGAUGAUUCGGAACUUGGAACAGGGGAGUUUUUAAAGAACCUACUUGAUGAUAAUGAUGAAGAGUUCAAUAACAUUCUAUUUAAAAGAGACUUUUCGAUUAAAGAGCUCAGUGACCAGGCAAGUAUCUUAAUUGAAAAGACAAUGUCGUUGGACAAAGACCUUGAGGAACCUGAAUGUCCUUCACAAUUUGAUGAGGAGUCAUGGAGGAUAUUUGUUGAGUCGAAUUUGGCAGCGGCACGGCUUACAGAGCAAGACAAUAUUGUUUACGAUCCAUUUGUGGCACAUAAUGGCGCAUUGGGUAAAGACGACCGGACUUUGGAUGCAUUUUUAAACUUCAUGACCAAGAGUCAGGGGAUCUUUAGCGGUGCAGGGGGAGAAAACAACAGGAAGAAAUUGAUGACAGCAAUGAAGAUUCCAGCAAAGCAAGAUGCAGAUCAUAGUAGAAAUCCAUUCAAGAAGCUAUUUAGAAGGAAAACGAGCCAUUAA